CCACUGCGUUGUCAUGAUUUGUGCGUGUCGUUUAUUUCGUAGACUGUCCAUAGCAAAAGUUACAUAGAUUAGUAUUGGUAGAAGUAUUAAUUCAGCAGCAAUUUGUUUGGAGUGUAAAGCAAAAACCUUGAUUCGGUAGAUGGGGCAUCAUUUUUUUAUUUACUUCUUUAACUGUGACAACAACAUGGACUUGAAAACACAGUUUGCUGUCAGUGAUGGUGACUUUCAAAAAUCUUAGCCAUUUCACAUACCUACAAUGCACAUUUUGGAGAGUGGUCAAGAAAAUGGCAGCUGUUGUAGCAGGUCUGGUACCCAUCGUCCGCACAGCUGUCGAAACCACAACAGAUUACCAAGGACGCACUCUUUGGUUUGGAUUCCUUAUCAUUCGUUUGGUGACAUUGUAUUUCUCUGAGCUACCCUGGAGCAAGUUAGACCCAGAUUUUGAAUGUCAGGUCAAUGUAAGCUCAUUUUGUCGAAAGGAUUGUUUCAACCAACAUUUUAAUAUUCCCAUUGUCACUGUGUGGAACUUUGCUUGUAUAAUCUUCCUUGCCUCAGUUCUCGUGAUGGAACUCUUUGCUUCUCACUUGCGCAAGUACCUCAGAGAGCACCUCAAUAUAAGUAAUUCCAAGGCCAAGAAUGAUGAAGUAGCAUUUAUAUCCAACCAAGAGAGUGAGAGUAGCACGAAAAAAGAGGAGUCUAGUGUGCAAAAGAGAAUUAACUUUCACAGGGAGAAGAUAUUGCUUUACUUGUACCUAAUGUGCAUUAUUUUACGAAUUAUAUUUGAAAUAAUUUUUUUAAUGAUUCUAAUCUUUUUGCAUUUGCCAAAAGUCAGUGAAAUUCCAAUAAUUUGUAGCACCAAUCUGUGUCCUGGGCCAUUUCCAUGUGUUGUGAGAGCCUUACAAGACAAACAAAUGGCUGUUUAUGCACUAAUUGUCGUCUCUGUGUUAAUCACUGCUGUUAGCUUCUUUUUCAUGGCCUAUUCCUGCUACAACUAUGGUGUCAGAAAAAGGUCCGAGCCCUUUUCACCUUAGACUCCUACAAUGUUCUUGCAGAAAAGAAAUUAUGCUUGGAUAGGAUGGACAUAUCAUGGACAUUAUUAUGGUGAACAGCUAAGGGUCUGAAACUUUCAUUUAGUGCAAAGAUAACACUGAACAUUGAGUGUUCUGUACAAAAUAUAUGCACAUUUUCCCCAUAAAAUGGUUAAAAGGUGUAAUCUUUCACUGUAUUUUUCUAUAGAGUAAAGCAGAUUCAGUUGAAAUGAAGCAUGAUUUUUUUAAAA